UAUUAUGCCACAAGAAGUAAGGCAAACAGAAUUACAAGACAUUCUUGAUCGGUGUAAGGAUAUCACUGAUCUGAAUUGUAUCCAAGUUUAUUGGAGGUCCCAAUAGUCAAAUCCAAUGGCCAACUAUUUGGUGGAAUAUGUGAAGAGGAAGAAAACAGAUAUUUUUGAAACGCAUUUAGAUCUGAAGUUGUGUCACAUCGCUUGGGGUCAAUGAUUGGGCCCUCUAAGCCUUAUUUGUUUAAGAUAAACAUGCGUUCAAAAGGGCGACAUAAGUAGAUUUUCUCAGAUCAAGAUGGAGGCGCACAAAAAGUUAUGAGCUGGAUUAAUACGAGUACGAUAAGGUAAUAUUUUUUUUUCUCCAAAUAAAGUACAGUCUUGUGUUUUUAUUGAUUUGAUAUUCGAUAAGGUAGUACAAAUUUGUUCCUAAAAACAGUUUAAUUUAUUGUGUUCUUUUCAUAACAUUUAAUAUGGAGAGGAUUCCAAAACAAAUCAUCUUUGAGAUUUCUACGAUGAAUGGAGUGCGAAUACUCGAAAGAUACUUGAGUAUGCUUGCCAUAAUCUUUGGCCCUUUUUUUUUUUUUUAGCGAAAGAGUAGGGAUUUUGAAGUGAAAAUUAUUUUGUCUUGGUGUAGUGCCAAUAAAUACUUUUGCCAACAAAAAAGUCUCAAAUGCUACCGCCGAAGACAUAGAGGAUGAGGGCAUCCAUAAGUUGAUUGAUAUUUUUGAUCACCUGCAACAUAUUCCUAUCCCGGGAAGUUCAAAAAUUUAUUAUGGAAAUCAAUUUGCCACACAUUAUAGUUUUUAGCCCCUUUUUAACAUUAAUGUCUGAUUUAUUCAGCGGACUCUCCUAAUGUACGCGUAAUUUGAUGCUGGGAUUGAGGUAUGUAUAAUUGAUGUGUAUCCAUUUUUUUAGCUUCUUGAAAUUUCAUGUCUAUAAAUAGGUCCCAUAUUUAUUUUGUAAAAUUAUCAAUUAAUCUAAUAUGUAUGAAGAAGAGAGCUAGCUGGUUAUGAGGCUUUGGUGGGAGUCACGGUUGCACCAAAAAAAAUUCAAUGGUAUGCAUUUAGAAUAUAGUGCUAGUUGUCUUUUUGAAAAUACUGAACAUUGGAAAUGUAGAUCAUUUUUGACAUCAUAUAUAUUUACUGUGGGUACCAUUCUUUCUCGCAGUUGCUUCCAAAUGAUUUAUUUAAAUCAUGUUCAUCAGAAGAUUUAAUGAUCAAGUCCCAUCCUCGAUCUUUCGUUUAUUUUCUAGGCCAAAUGCAGUUUGGAAUUUAUGAUGUAGAAAUGCGGGUAAGAUGAAUAAUAUAAAGAGGAAAUUUGUACAAAAGAUAAACACUAGGAAAAUCUAUUGCCUGUUGCAUAUACCUAAUUAUUGUUUAUGUUCUUACCUUUGUAGGCUUUGAGCUAUUAUGCUUAAGGUAUUUGCAUUCUUUUGUAGGCUUUGAGCUAUUAUGCUCUGGGUAUUUGUAUUCGUAGACUUAAAUUUGGGCUCCGCAAGAUUUUUAAAGGGAAGGUGCAAUGCUACUGUAACCCAAUUUGUUCACUUGCUUUGCAAUAAUUUUAAAUUCAAAUUAUAGUGUUGAUACAAAAUAGUCUUUCAUUUGUAUGAUAGGACAAAACUACUCUUGUGGUAUAAUUUUGAAUAAAUUUAUUGUGAUAUAGGAUAUAAGGAAUGCCAUUCUGGGAUGGCUUCACCAGCGCACAAUAGACGAAUUUCAAUUGAUCGAUGUCCUGAAUGAAGUCGAAUGCAAAUCCGUGCGAGCUCAAGCAAAAAGGCAUAGUCACUGAGAAGAAACCGGAUCUCUAUAUCAUACAGCGGAAGCUGUUGCCACAACAAUCUCAAAAUGAUUUCAGUGUCGAAGAUUUAGAAGUUGAACAUAAAAAAGAUGAUGAAUUUAUUGCUUAUUACUACAAUGUUGUGGAAGGAAUUGAUCUCUUAGGGUCAUACACUUUUUGGGUUCGAAGUUUGGCAAUGGAUCUGAAAAGAAUCUAUUGCCUUGGGCUUCAGUACCAUACUAAUGAAGGCUGCCUUGAUUUUGCAAGACUAUUUCAGGAGUGUUCUUCAAAGUAAACAGAAGCCUUUGAUUUUAGCUAAGCUAAUAAAUAGUAUUAGUUCUCUUCUCAAUCAAAUCAAUAAGCUUUUUGAUUGAUUCAAGGCGCCGCCUUCCUUCUUAGAACCCAUUGAGGGGGACCUUGGCCUGGGAAGGGGGACCUUGGCUUGGGAAGGGGAUAGUGGCCGAGUGGUUAAAAGUGACAGACUGUAAAUCUGUUGAAGUUUUUCUACGUAGGUUCGAAUCCUGCCUCUCCCACUUGUUUGUUGUAGAGUUAAAAAAAGAGGAAG